AGCUCCUGCCCGCGGCCCGCUGACGUCCUGCCCCCUGUUGCUGGCAGCCACCUGCUCAGCUCCUCACACUCACGCCCGCAAGGGGAACCCGGGCCGGGCCUGGACGCUUGGCUUCUCCCCAAUCACUGAAGACACAUCAGCCACACACGUAGAUGACGACACAGCAUUUCCCCUACCUGGUGCAGUGAGGAAGUAACUGAAGACAGGACAUACGGGAAGUAGAGGAGAGAGACAGACACAAUGAUUUACGCACAUCGAAGGCAGUUUGCCUCUGGGCUCCUCUGUUCAAGUCCCUGGAGGACACUGGGGUUUCAUGGUGACAGGGACCGAACCGGGCAGGCAGGACCAUGUGGCUGCUCCCACCUCUGCUCCUUCUCGUUGUCCCAGUCUCAUCAGCUCCCAUCACGGGUCCAGAGGAGGCGAAAGGCCUGGAGCAGGGGUGGUUGGAGGUGCAGUGUCGCUAUGCCCCAGGAUGGGAGACCUACAAGAAGUGGUGGUGUCGAGGGGCUGAUUUGAGUAGCUGCAAGAUCCUUGUUAAAACCAAUGGAUCCGAGCAGGAGGCGAAGGGGAACCGCGUGUCCAUCAGGGACGAUCAGAGCAACCGCACGUUCACUGUGACCAUGAAGGCGCUCAGGCGCGCGGAUACAGACCUUUACUGGUGUGGGAUUGAGAGAAUAGGAUCUGACCGUGGGAGCCGAGUUAACGUGAUCAUUGGCCCAGCAACUACCACUGUGUCGACUACCAUUACUGCCAUCAUCUCUACCACCACCGUGUUCACAGUGCCAGUCACCAUGGGAAACCCUGCAGGCUCCCCGACUGCGACCAGCCCCCUCUCUGAAGGCAGGUCCCUGCUCAGCAGCGUCCACUUCCUGCUCCUGGUCUUCCUGAAGGUGCCCCUGCUCCUGGGCUUGCUCAGCGCUGUCGUCUGGGUGAACAGGCCUCUGAGGAGCUCCGGGCGGAGGCCGAGUCAGCCCCAUGACAGCCCGUAAGCACCGUGCUCACUGAAGUCAUGUCUGCGAAGAAGAACCACACACGGAAGAACAAGAAAUAUUUAUUAUGAAGUGACUGGGUCAGCAGAGAUGUGGUUCCAGAGGCCAUGUUGGUCCCGCCUCACCCAGGACCCUAACCCCUGGGAACCCCCAGCUGGGAGGCCCGGACCCCCAUCCUUCCUUCGUCCUGAGGCCACAGCACAGCAGGGAUCGCGGACAGAAAUGCAGGGAAAGGCCUUUCCCCUGGGCCUGUCCUUGGAGGCCUUUCUGAUCUGAAGCCCCUGUGACACCUGCCGUGGUCACGGACCGAUUUCUGCAUGUCCUGGGGCUCAGGGCUCCC